GGUCCCCAACGCAGUUGGCCUUGCCAAAUAAACCUUUCCUCUCUAUUUCUUUCUGUCCAUUUCUCUCUCUCUUUCUGUCUAAACUUGUUGCUCAGAGCAUUACAAAAGCACAAGCCAAGAGAGCACAAAAAGAGUAGCUUCAGCAAUGGAAGAUCAAGAAGAUAGUUUCAACAAGCUCUACUUUGAUAUCAAAGUGGUUGCUUUGUGUUCUCUUGUGGGAAUGUUUUUGCUAAAGAUUAUGGUCAUUUUUUGGUGGAGGCCUAGAAAGAUUGAGCAACACUUUGGCAAGCAAGGGAUCAAAGGGCCUUCAUAUAAGUUUUUGAUUGGCAAUGCUAAGGAGAUUGUGAGCUUAAUGAUGAAGGCCUCAUCUAAGCCCAUGCCUUUCCCUUUCUCCCACAAUAUUCUCCCUAGAGUCCUCUCCUUCUACCACCAUUGGAAGAAAAUUUAUGGUCCAACAUUUCUUGUUUGGUUUGGACCAACUGUGAGACUGACAGUGGCUGAUCCUGACCUCAUUAGAGAGAUUUUCACCACAAAGUCUGAGUUCUAUGAGAAGAAUGAGGCGCAUCCGCUGAUCAAACAGCUCGAAGGUGAUGGUCUGCUGAGCCUCAAAGGCGAAAAAUGGGCUCACCAUAGGAAAAUCAUCACCCCUACCUUCCAUAUGGAAAAUCUCAAAUUGUUGAUUCCAGCAGCAGCUACUAGUGUGGUGCAUAUGCUAGACAAGUGGCUUGCAAUGUCUGAUUCUGGUGAUGUGGAAAUUGAAGUUUCCAAGUGGUAUCAAACAUUGACAGAAGAAACUGUUACCAGAACUGCAUUUGGCCCCAGUUAUGAAGAUGGUCAGACCAUUUUCCAACUUCAAGCCCAACAGAUGGCCCUGGCUUCUGAAGCUUUUCAGAAAGUAUUCAUCCCUGGUUACAGAUUUUUACCUACGAGGAGGAACCUGAAAUCUUGGAAACUCGAGAAGGAAAUCAAGAAAUCUCUGAUGAAAGUGAUCGACGAAAGGAGGAAGAAUUGGGACAGUGAAAAAAUGCUGGAAAGUGGUCCGAAGGAUUUACUUGGGCUCAUGAUACAAGCAAGCAUGAAGAGACCAACGACGACAACGGAAUUUAAUUCAGCGUCGUCACCACCGAUCACAGUCCAUGAUAUUGCAGAGGAGUGCAAGAGUUUUUUCUUUGCCGGCGAGCAAACAACAUCGAAUUUGCUGACCUGGACGACCGUUUUGCUAGCAAUGCACCCUCAAUGGCAGGUGCUAGCACGUGAUGAGGUAUUGAAGGUCUGUGGUCCACAUGACAUCCCUACUAAAGAUGAUGUUUCUAAGCUUAAGAUGUUAGGUAUGAUCUUAAAUGAAACCUUACGGCUUUACCCUCCGGUGGUGGCAACGAUCCGACGAGCAAAAGCUGACGUGGAGCUGGGGAAUUGCAAGGUCCCCCGAGGUACCCAAAUAUUGAUCCCAAUCUUGGCCGUCCAUCAUGAUCAAAGCAUAUGGGGAAACGAUGUCAAUGAGUUCAAUCCUGGUAGAUUUUCGGAAGGGGUGGCCAAAGCAAGCAAGCACCCUGUUGCAUUCAUGCCAUUCAGCCUUGGAGUACGGACAUGCAUAGGCCAAAAUUUAGCAAUGCUACAAGCGAAGCUUACACUUGCUAUUAUACUACAAAAAUUUUCAUUUGGCUUGUCGCCGCAGUAUCAACAUGCACCAACGGUGUUGAUGCUUCUUUAUCCGCAACAUGGUGCACCAAUCAUCUUCAGACAUUUGUCAGAACCAGUUACUCAUGAUCAAUCCUCAGAGACAGUCUAGCUAAUCGAACACAAGGUGGUGUACCAGAUAUCUAUCGAGAUUAGGACAUAAAUCAUGUGCUAUAAUCCCUCCAUCCUCGCAGAUUGUUUCUGUUCAUUUACCUGAUAGCAAACUAACCACCCUAAACUAGUACAUUAACAUGCAUGCCACUUGAGUCAUUUCCAAAAUGUGUGGAUUUUCUGGCUUGUAACUCUACUGAUCUUAGGAAUUAGCAUCUAGUUUAGAAGUUCUUAGCUAUCUAGUAGCUACUUCUCUUGUAUGUAUGUAAUGUGCUGUAUUAUGUAUAUGUUUUGCUUCUGCACAA